AUGACCGCCGGUCGCCCACUGUCUCUCGUCGGCCGCUGUCCUGGUCGUGCCUAUACGAGGCUGCGUCCCUAUAACCUGGGGGCUGCCGUACAAGUACAAUACAAACGCCUGCUGCCUCAGACCCGAGGACCCACUUUCCCCAAUUCCACGUUGCGUCCCUCCGCUCCAUGGAAGAGUGCUAGUCGUCGACAUCCUCCUCCACUUACUCUUCUUGCGCUUCACGGCGCCCUGCAACACUUUGACCCCUACCUGGUUUUUCGUUACGGAGUUGCCGCCACCGACGCUUGCCGCGCCAAUCAAAUCGCAUAUACCCGAUUCCUCGUCAUACCUUUUCUAUCCAUCAUUUUCCGAAUCUACCACCGCCGUCUUUUCUCGUUGUUCUCAUCACCUCACCACACCACCACUUACUCGGCUACCCACACGCCGUCCUAUAUGAGCGACUUGAAAGAGCGUCUGGCGCGAUUGGGAUUGUCCCAAUAUCACCAAGUAUUUGCAGCCGAAGGUUUCGACACCUGGGAAACAGUAGUCGACAUCACCGAGAGUGACCUGAGUCACCUCAGUGUCAAACUUGGCCAUCGACGGAAAUUACAGCGUGCCAUAGCAGAGUCACGGGGGCAGUCCUCUGAUCGUCCAUUGCCACCACCCGUUGCCAGAGCAGCAAGCCUUGACAGGUCCUAUCGAAGCGAUGAUUCAGGGCCUGAAUCCAAAAGCAGGCAGGGCGAGCCUUCUGUCACCGGCACGAGUGGAACCAGCACCAAACGGAAAUAUCGUCGACACCCCAAACCCGAUGAGCACGCGCCGGAGAGACCACCAUCAGCUUAUGUCAUCUUUUCGAAUCAGGUGAGGGAGUCUCUGAAAGGUCAAGAUCUUUCUUUUACGGAGAUAGCCAAGGUCGUCGGUGAGCGAUGGCAAGUGCUACCGGCUGAAGAGCGCGAGGGUUGUGAAAGACAGGCCAAUGGCGCUAAAGAGAAGUACUAUGCGGAAUUGGCCGAAUAUAAGAAAACACCCCAAUAUGAAGCAUACCAGAAGUACCUCGAGGACUUCAAAGCGAAACAUGCUGCGCCCACCAAAGGUCUGUUCCACCACGUCACAUCCACGUCCAACACAUCAUUGAUUGGUUCAGAAGGCAAACGUUCCAAGUUGGAAACGGAGACGAGCAGAUCUACUCGUAGCAGCAGCCGUGACCACCAUGAACGCACCAGAAAUAGAAGGGCCAGCUCUUUACAACCCGACAACCCUCCGACUGCGAGCCAAAGGGCCAACGCUAGUCCACCACCAGGACCGGGGCGAUUUCCACCCGGCCCGUCUCAGUCUUCGAAACCGACAUCGCCAGUUGCCUAUUCUCUCUCUGGAUACAACUCUCCGCGAUUGACCGACCAUUUUUCCCCCAUUUCUGCAUCGCCACGUUCUGUAGGCAUGCCACAGAGAGAUGUCCCCUUCGAUGCGACAUCUACACAACCUGGACGAGACCUUCGGGGUCCUGCAGACGCGAAAAUGCUUUACCAACCAGCACCCUAUACUUCAGAUGCCCAUCUUCAGCCCAACAAUGCAGCUGUUUCACCAUAUCUCUAUGGCUCGCAUUAUCAACAUUCGAUAGAUCUCGUGUCUCGGCGCACGAUGCGUGAGUCGGCACGACUGCCACCCCUUAGCCACGAAGAUACUACGCUAUCAUCCGAAAGUGGGCAUAGUGGUCGUAGUAUCCCACUAGCACAAUUGUCUGCGCAAACUCUGCCCAUGGAUCCCUCCAAGUCAUUCCGCAUGUUGCCACAGCCAGUGCCCAGUUUAGGGCCUUCGCCAUCACCACUGGACAGGCCGGCGCAAACACCCGUAUCCCAUCCGCAACACCAGCACCCCCCUCAGGAUUAUCGUAAUCAGGGAUCGCUUGCAGUUCUGUUAAGGGCCGGAGAACUGGCAGCUAGGAAAGCAGAGGACGAUGCCAUGGCAGAGAGGUCCCCCUGA